CGGUGUAGUUCUUUUCUUACCCGCAACUCGAUCUCCUCUUCUUUUUUUUCCCCUCUUUCUUCUCUUUCCAGACAGACUAGUAACAGCAUCGCCUCCGCCACCGCCACCGCCAUGGGCCGCAAGGACGACCGCUCCACCAAAUCCUCCUCCUCCUCCGCCGCCGCCGGCGCUCCUCCCAAGAAGGAGAAGCUCUCCGUCUCCGCCAUGCUCGCCGCCAUGGACAAGCCCAAGCCCUCCUCCUCCUCCUCCUCCUCUUCCGCCACGGCCUCCAAGAAAUCCAAGCCCAAGCCAUCGAAACCCUCCUCCUACAUCGACGGCCUCGACCUCCCCCCCUCCGACGACGACGACGACGACGACGGCGGCGGCGGCGAUCGCCCCGAACCCGAAACCCACCGCCCCCGCGAUCUCCCCCGCCCCGACCUCGGCUCCGUCGCGCCGUCCGGCAAGGAGAUCCGGAAGCGCGAGAAGCGCGACCUCGUGGCCGCGCACGCCGCCGAGGCCGCCCGCCACGAGGCCCUCCGCGACGACCGCGACGCCUUCUCCGUCGGCGGCGGCGAGUUCGACGCCGCGUCCGCCAACGUCCGCGACGUGGUGGUGGAGAACUUCUCGGUGUCGGCGCGCGGCAAGGAGCUCCUGAAGAACGCGUCCGUCCGCAUCUCCCACGGCCGGCGCUACGGGCUCGUCGGCCCCAACGGCAAGGGCAAGUCCACCCUGCUCAAGCUCCUCGCCUGGCGCAAGAUCCCCGUCCCCCGCAACAUCGACGUCCUCCUCGUCGAGCAGGAGGUCGCCGCCGACGACCGCCCCGCCCUCGACGCCGUCGUCUCCGCCGAUCUGGUGCUCGUCCGCCUCCGCCAGGAGGCCGCCGCCCUCUCCGACGACAAGAACACCAGCAGCAGGGGGGACGACGAGGACGAGGACGACGAGGACGAGGACGACGACAGCGGCGAGCGGCUGGCGGAGAUCUACGAGCGGCUGCAGCUGCUGGGGUCGGACGCGGCGGAGGCGCGGGCGUCGAAGAUCCUGGCGGGGCUGGGGUUCACGAAGGAGAUGCAGCGGCGGGCGACGCGGUCGUUCAGCGGGGGGUGGCGGAUGCGCAUCUCGCUGGCGCGCGCGCUGUUCAUGCAGCCGACGCUGCUCCUGCUGGACGAGCCCACCAACCACCUCGACCUCCGCGCCGUGCUGUGGCUCGAGGAGUACCUGUGCCAGUGGAAGAAGACGCUGGUCGUCGUCUCGCACGACCGCGACUUCCUCAACGCCGUCUGCAACGAGAUCAUCCACCUCCACGACCUCAAGCUCCACGUCUACCGCGGCAACUUCGACGACUUCGAGAGCGGCGACAAGCAGAUGCGGGCCGCCAAGAAGAGCGGGAGCAAGGCCCAGCAGGACAAGGUCAAGGGGCAGGCUCUCUCCAAGGCCGCCAGGGACGCCGCCAAGACCAAGGGGAAGGGGAGGGCCGCCGCCGCCGACGACGACGACGCGCCCCCGCCGGAGGUCCCCAAGAAGUGGAGGGACUACAGCGUCGAGUUCCACUUCCCCGAGCCCACCGAGCUCACCCUUGAAGUUAGCUUCAGCUACCCGAGCCGCGAGGACUUCAGACUCUCGAACGUCGAUGUGGGGAUCGAUAUGGGGACGAGGGUCGCGAUCGUGGGGCCCAACGGCGCCGGAAAGUCUACUCUUCUUAACCUGCUCGCGGGGGACUUGGUGCCCGCCGAGGGAGAGGUGCGGCGGAGCCAGAAGCUGAGGAUCGGGCGGUACUCGCAGCAUUUCGUGGAUUUACUGACGAUGGAGGAGAACCCGGUUCAGUACCUUCUGCGCCUUCACCCGGACCAGGAGGGGAUCAGCAAGACCGAGGCCGUACGCGCGAAGCUCGGCAAGUUCGGUCUGCCCAGCCAUAACCACCUCACCCCUAUCGCAAAACUAUCCGGCGGUCAGAAGGCCAGGGUCGUAUUCACGUCCAUAUCGAUGUCCAAGCCUCACAUACUCCUGCUGGACGAGCCCACGAAUCACUUGGACAUGCAGAGCAUUGACGCGCUGGCGGAAGCCCUGGAAGAGUUCACAGGUGGGGUUGUGCUGGUGAGCCAUGAUUCGCGGUUGAUAUCGCGUGUCUGCGAGAAUGAGGAGAAGAGCGAGAUAUGGGUCGUCGAAGAUGGGACGGUGCGUAAAUAUCCGGGCUCUUUCCAGGACUACAAGGAUGACCUUCUGAGAGAAAUAAAGGCUGAAGUCGAAGAGUGAUGUGAUCUUACAGUGAGUUAUCUGUUGGUUUCUUAUACAAUAAGUUGGUUCAAGCUCUGCAGUUUUUCUAUCAUUUUUGUCUCUAUACUUCUUGGGGGAUUGAUAUUAUUUGAGUCCACAGCAUAUAAGUUAACGGCAACUUUGAAUGGUUAGAUGCCAGCAUGAUAAAUGUGUAUUUGGAGAUUAAAACUUUUAAGUAAUCUAUAUGUGUGACGCUUUGUUUGCCAGUUUA